GGGCGGGCCACGUGUCCCAACUGCUCCACACAUUGACCCCGGCCUGGGAACUCGGCGGGAGGACUUGAGGGGGCGGACUCUGGCCUGCAAGAGGACAUGGCAGCCGUGAGGCCCGGCCUGGGACGGGUUGUCCCUGGAUCAUCCAUCCUUUUCCUGUGUGACAUGCAGGAGAAGUUCCGCCACACCUUGUACUUUCCCCAGAUCGUCUCUGUGGCUGCCCGAAUGCUCAAGGUGGCCCGGCUGCUGGAUGUGCCUGUGGUGCUGACUGAGCAGUACCCGCAAGGCCUGGGGCCCACGGUACCCGAGCUGGGGGCCAAGGGCCUGCAGCCACGGCCCAAGACCUGCUUCAGCAUGGUGCCCGUGGUGCAACACGAGCUGGAUGCGCGGCCCCAGCUGCGCUCUGUACUCCUGUGUGGCUUGGAGACACAAGCCUGUAUCUUGCACACUGCCCUGGAUCUCCUGGACCAAGGGCUGCAGGUCCACGUGGUAGUGGAUGCCUGCACCUCCCGCAGCCAGGUGGACCGGCUGGUGGCUCUGUCCCGGAUGCGGCAGAGCGGCGCCUUUCUCUCCACCAGUGAGGGGCUCAUUCUGCAGCUCGUGGGUGAUGCCGCCCAUCCCCAGUUCAAGGAGAUCCAAAAGAUCCUCAAGGAGCCUACCCCAGACAGCGGGCUGCUGGGCCUCUUCCAUGGCCAGAACCCCCUCUUCCGCUGAACUCCCCACCCUGCCUGGAGGGGAGAUGUCCCCCUUGUCACUGGGACCUUGGCGGAAGCACUCUCCCCCCAUUCUUGGAUCCCAAGAGUGGUGCAGUCCACCGGGAGUACCGCCCCGUCAGGAGGGGAGCUGGGUGCUGCCUUUCCAUUGGACAGAAACUCCCGGAAAUGCAAAUGAGAUUCUUGAAAGCCGGGCACGGACUGGCUGAGCCAAGCUAGAGGUGGGGCUCGGCCCCGGGCCACUUCAAGGUGUGGAAAGGGGAGGGGGUGGGAGUGUCACAGACUGUGUGGGACCUGGGCUCCGGGAAUAAACAUUGAUGUGACUGUGGACUAAA